AAAGAGUUCAAUCUCGACAUUACUACUUCGGAUUACAAUGACCAAGAGAUUGAAGAUAAUAUUGUUCAUAACUGUAUUGCAAACGAGAUUAUCCCUUCCCUGCCUCAUAUCAAGCAUACAUGGGGAGAUGAAUUUCCAAUCUCGGAACCAGAUUGGGAUUUGAUCAUAGCCAGUGAUAUACUUCUAUAUGUGAAACAGUACCCAAACUUGAUCAAGUCUCUGACUUUUCUUCUCAAAACCUACAAACCAACCAAUGCCGCUAGUCCAACAGAAUGCAAGCUAAAUGGAGCAGACACAGAACUGCCUCGUCCGGUGUUCUUAAUGAGCUGGAGACGAAGAAUUGGGAAAGACGAUGAGUCUCUAUUCUUUACUGGUUGCGAAGAAGCUGGCCUCGAGGUGAAGCAUCUCGGAAACCGAGUUUAUUGCAUCAAGCUGCUUAGAGAAAGCAACCUCUGAAUAAUAGGUUGACAAACUCAUGAGUCUUCCACAUAUCGUUCGUCUCCGAAACUACCGUUCUGUUUGUUUCUCUGGCAGCUUAUUUGGAUAUGCUUUUUGUGUCAAAGUUAUAGGUGAAAUGAGAAAUUUUCGUUUCUUAACUAAUGUUUCCCCUUAAUCAAUUGAAUUGAAUGGGUGGACGGAAAAAAAACUGUGAUCUCAUUUUGUAGUAUAAUAGAACAAUAGGUGGGAAAAUUAGUUAAGGAAAGAACAUAGAAUCAAUAUUAGCCUUUUCUUUCAAAAA